AUGUACUCGUCGAUCUGGAGGAGGGACAAGGUGUCGAUGAUCCGGAACCUGAUGAAGUCGAGCGAAGAUAUCGUCGCGGAUCUCCAGAGGCUGGCGAGAGAAAUGCGGCACGCUGGCUACGUUCCCGACACGAAGGAGAUCUUUCAUGAGGAGCAAAAGGAGGAGCUGUUGCACUACCACGGCGAAAAGAUGGCUGUGGCUUUUGGAUUGAUCUCGGCGCUGAGGAACUUGCGGGUGUGUGGGGAUUGCCACUCGGCUAUCAAGUCUGUAUCCAAGAUGGUGGUAUCUAUAACCGUGAGAGAUGCUAACCGGUUCCAUCACAUGCAGAAACAACAAAAAGAAUGA